AUGUCUGCACCCGGCCCUGAAGAACCGUCGUUUCAUCCUGUUGCGCGUGCGCCGGCGCCAUGGAAACUCACGGCGGAGGUGUAUAUGCUGUUUCAUGUGUUGAAGGGGUUGCCUGGGGGUGUGCAUGGUGAGCUUGAGGGGAAGGAGGGUGGGUGGGAUGAUGAGGGGAUGGGGAAGUUUGAGGGAGGCACUUCCUCUGACCUCAUCACAGGCCCCUACGACGAACUCCUCCUCGUCCCCGGAAACUUCACCGUCCCACAACCAACAACCACCCCAUCCGGCCAGCCACACAUCAAUAUCCCAAAGAAAGCCCAACGCAUAUCCCGCAUCUACGUCUCCCAACGCACAACAACCUACAACGGGCGCCUAAAUUGGAACAUUCCCAAACAGCUCGCCCGCUUCUCUUUCUCCGCACCGCCUACUGCCCCCGGCGCCUCACCUCCAUCCACCCUAACAGUGCAAGUCUUUCCGCCUGGCACCAAAGAAGGCGAUGGCGGCGCACCGUUCUUUGCCUGUACUCUCAAACCCUGGCAAUGGAUUCCGCCAAUGCCGUUGAACACGAAAUACCUCCCUCUCAGCAUGGCCGCCGCGCAACCUCCCCUGCCAUCUGCGCCGGGUCACGAGAAAGCGGUCAAAGAAGUGCAAGAAGAACUACAGGUAGACGACUACGACACAGACAUUAAGAAGAUGGACGCGGUGUUAGUAGGGACGCAGAAGUGGCGGGCGUUUGAUAUUGCGGCGGUCACGCCGAGGGCAAGGGGAUGCUGGGUUGAGGUGCAUGAGAAGAAGGAGAGUGAGGUUUUGGAACAAGGUGAGGAGAAUUGGUGGCCGAGGGGACUGGGGGCGUGGAGUGUGGGGGCUUGGAUGGAGGAUGUGGAUUGGAAGUUGGGGGAGGUGGUGGAGUGGACGGUGUAG